CCCCAAAUCUCCAUCUCUCUCUAUCUCUCAUCAUGCACGGACGCUCUUCCUUUUCCUUCUAUUCAUAAUCUCUCUCCCCCACCUAAAAACUAUUUUUCUAUACCUCUUUCUAUCUCUCUCAAAACAAAAGCUAGGGUUUUCAAUCUUUGCAGUUAAACACCAUUACGGUUUUGGAAGACCACAACAGAAGUUUAACAGAGAGCCAACAAGAAAAGUGGGUCUUUAACUACUAGAGAAAGGGAAGCAACACAGUGAGGUCAUGUCUUCACUGCAAAUUCUCAGAUUUUACAGAGGGCUUUAGCCACGGCUGCAUUUUUUUCAUUCAGUCUGGCUCAAAUCCAGGUAGGUGGGAGCUUGAUUCGAACUCUAGCCUUAAACUUUGAAACAAAGAUCUCCAUACUCUAGCCCUCAACGCACAGCAGGAUAUAAACUGCGGGUUUAGUCUCUAUCCAGGAAAACACAGAGAGGGGGAGAGGAAGGGAGGGAGAGUGAGAGAGCCUUUAGUGAAUGCAACAGCCGCAAAAACAUAAAGAAAAAAUGGCACCGAGCCCUUCUGGUUUACCUGGUCUACCAAGACCAGGACCCCGUUCCAACAUGCUUGCCCAUGAUGAUAAGAAGGUCUAUGAAAUGAUUGAGAAAAGUGGGAACAAAGGCAUUUGGUCAGCGGAAAUGAAAAAGUAUAUACCUGAAAACAUACUCAACAAAUCUCUCAAACUCCUCCUAUCCAAGAACCUCAUAAAGCUUGUCGCCAAUGUGCACAACCCUAGAAGAAAGGUGUACAUGUUAGCAAAUCUCCAACCAUCAGAGGAAAUUAGCGGUGGAACUUGGUACUCAGGAAAGGAAUUUGAUACCGAGCUUAUCGAUGUUCUGAAACAGCACACUUUAAGGUUCAUCACCAAGAUGAAGGUGGUUAUUCUCGACAAGAUUGCUGAUUCCAUUAAAACAUCAGAAAUUCUGAAGGUUGAAGUUAGAAUCCAAGAAGUUAAGCAGGUGGUUGAUUCGUUGAUUUUGGAUAGAGAGAUUGAGGCAGUGUUGAGCAAUGGGAGUGCAGAGUUUCUGUCUAUUCCAAAGGGGAAGGUUUGUUAUAGGUGUCGUAAAAUGGGACAUCUGGAACCUGCGUCUUUUGUUUCAGUGCCUUGUGGGGUUUGUCCUGUAAUAAACGAAUGCACACCUGAUGGCGUGAUUUCACCCAAGACUUGUGAAUACUAUCAAAGGUGGCUGGAUUUCUAGGGAGAAGUUGGUUCCAUCUUAGUAGAAUGAAGUAAGUGAGUAUUAAUGCUUGAAAGAUAACUUCUUUAUGGGUGGUAAAGUCUCAUUUUAUUAUUGUUUUUCCAUUAUUUGGAUUGUUGAUUCUUCUUGAGCAAAGUUUUGAUUUAUAUAUUUUGAAAAAUUAUCCUCUGCUUUUUGGCCUUCAGAUACCUAUUUAUUUGAUUCUCUUUUAGUUUCUGAGCCGGAGGAAUGUAAAGCUUUGAUAAUGCAAUGGUUAUGUAUGCACUUUUGAUUAAUGAAUUGUUUAAUUG